GGCUCGGCAAAAUCGUGCUUUUUUUUACUACUAUAGGAAUAUUCGCGACGCGUUUCGCUCUGGACGUUUCUCGAUCGUGUAAUUUUACUCUUUCUCGUUUCGCAUCUGUGUCCGGUCGCGGAUAUGAAAGCGCGCAAAGUGAACAGGGCGAAAGCGUGGUUGAUCUGUUGUGAAAAAUCGCAAACCGUUGAUUCUGACUCGAGCGAUCGAGAAAGCGAGGAGCACAAAGCGCGGAGUAAAGCGGAGAAGCGGGUGGCCGACAAGGUAGAGAAUAAAGCGGGGAACAAAACGGAGGGCGAUGUGGAGACUAGGGUGGAGUGCGAAGUGGAAAAUCCGAUAGAUAAGACGGGGGAUAAAGUGGGAGGCGAAACGCAUGGUGAUGUCGAGAAUAAAGUGGAGAACCAGAUAGACAAGACCGAGAAUAUGCCGGCGACCAAAAUGGAGGGCAAUGUCGAGAAUAAGGCGGAGAACAAGGUGGAAAACCAGGUGAACAGCGAGAUAGACAGUAAAACGGAGAACGAGAUGAGCGGUGUUGAAAAUGAAGUGGAGAACAAGGUAGAAAAUCAGACGGACAAGACGGAGAAAUUGGAGGUCAAAACGGAGGCCGAUGUCGAAAAUAAGAACAAAGUGGAGGACCAGGUAGAUAAAGUAGAGAAUCAAGGGGUGGGCAAAACUGAGGAUGAUAUCGGGAACAAGAUAGAAAGAAUGGAGGAUCAUGUGAAUAAGACAGAAAAUAAAACGGAGAGCAAAACGGAGGGCGAUGUCGAGAACGAAAUGAACAACGACGAGGAGAGCAAGGUGGAGACAGACAGCAAUGUCGACAGUAAAAUGGAGGACCAGCAGGUGCAGGAGAAUAUUCUUCCCGUAUCAUACACAACGGAUCAUGGUUAUACGUACGAUCUCUUGGUCAUCGGUGGAGGGUCAGGCGGCCUGGCGGCAGCCAAGGAAGCCGUGGGACUGGGUGCGAAAGUCGCGGUUCUCGAUUACGUAUCCCCGUCUCCGAUCGGCACCACUUGGGGUCUGGGCGGCACCUGCGUCAACGUGGGAUGCAUACCGAAGAAACUCAUGCACCAAGCGGCGCUGCUGGGUGAAGCUGUUCAUGAGGCGGCGACGUUCGGUUGGCAGGUAGACCCGAAGACCGUAAAAAUCGACUGGGAAGCCUUGAGGACCGCCGUACAAAAUCACGUCAAGUCUGUGAACUGGGUCACUCGCGUCGAGCUUAGGACAAAGAAAGUUGAAUAUUUCAACGCUCUUGGGGAGUUCAAGGACGAACACACGGUAGUCGGGGUCACCAAGAAGGGGGAGGAGAAAGUGCUUACGGCUAAAAACAUAUUAAUCGCGGUGGGCGGUAGGCCAAGAUAUCCCGAUAUUCCAGGCGCUGUAGAGUACGGCAUAACUAGCGACGACAUCUUCAGCUUGGAGCGUGCGCCAGGAAAGACUCUCGUUGUCGGCGCUGGAUAUAUCGGUCUGGAGUGCGCUGGUUUUCUUAAUGGCUUGGGCUACGAUACAACGCUGAUGGCACGUUCGAUUGUGCUGCGCGGAUUUGAUCGGCAAAUGGCGGAGCACGUUGCCGAGGAGAUGCAGCAACGCGGCGUGAAUUUCGUCUACGAGGCGAAGCUUAAGAAAGUAGCGAAACAGGAGGACGGCCGCCUCCUAGCUGACUGGGUCGACAAGGAUGGCCAAAUUCAUCAGGAUGUGUACGACACUGUUCUGUUUGCCAUCGGUCGACGAUCGCUCACUCAAGAGCUGAAACCGGAGAACGCCGGGUUGAAGCUUGUUCCAGAAACCGGAAAGAUCGAUGCAGUUAACGAGCAGACGAAUGUUCCAAAUAUUUACGCGGUUGGCGAUGUACUUCAUAAAAAGCCCGAACUAACACCCGUCGCUAUACACGCGGGUAAACUGUUGGCCAGAAGAUUGUAUGGUAAUUCGACCGACAAAAUGGAUUACGUGAAUGUCGCGACGACAGUGUUCAGUCCGUUGGAAUACGGAUGCGUCGGACUGAGCGAAGAAGCGGCGAUCGCGCUCCACGGGGAAGACGAGAUAGAGAUAUUCCACGCGUACUACAAGCCAACGGAAUUUUUCGUACCCCAGAAGAACGUUGAUCGCUGCUACGUGAAGGUCGUCGCGCUUAGACACGGCGAUGAAAGGGUGCUUGGAAUGCACUUCGUCGGACCCAAUGCGGGCGAAGUAAUUCAAGGAUUCGCAGCUGCCAUCAAAUGUGGUUUAACAGUAUCGAAACUGAAGUCCACCGUCGGCAUACAUCCGACGGUAGCGGAGGAGUUUACGCGCAUAUUCAUUACCAAACGCUCGGGCAUGGAUCCUAAGCCGCAAAGCUGCUGCAGUUAGAUCGAUGCGCGCGUAGCGUCCGUCGUGCUUCUUUCGAUUACAUUCGCAGAUUCCGCACCGGUUAUCCAAUUAAGAAAUAACGCGGCCCGUACUCUUGUGGCAAAAGCCAGCCUGUCGGUUGAAACAGUUUUUUUCCAUCGUUACGUGGCAAGAGCGCUGGAAUACCGCAGUAUUACAAAACUAAACAGCGAAAGAAUAGAAUCCAGAAACAACGGCUCCGUUAUAGUUACGUCGCACUAAUAGUACUUUUAUAUAAUAUAUAACUUUUUCCAAGGAAUUACGUCUUACAGCAUACGCAUCGUCGAUGCAAAAAAUUAUUGUGAUGCGUAUUUGAUAGUUUAUUAAUAAUAAAUUAAUAUUAAUAAAAUGUUGAAAUCAUGACCGACACGAUUGUUUCUAAAACAAUUCCUUAUUACGAACUGAAAUAUAUUUCCUCACUAGUAUCCAAAGUAAA